AUGGCUGUCAGCUCCUCCGCACCGACCACUCCCGCACACAAGGAGGAUACGUCCAAGAAGACGCCCAAGAGAAAGUCUACUGCCGCACGCAAGCGGAUCGUGGACGAUGAGGGGGAAGAAGCUGCAGCAGACGAGACCGCCACGCAAACCGCUGUGGCGCCUGGAGCCCUCGAUCAGGGCGAACAUGAGGCUGCUGCGUACGCUGGCUAUGACUACAGUGGCUACGGAGGAUACUACCCCCACCCACAGUACCCCGGUGCCUACACGGCGGCGGCCUCACCAGCCGCCCCGUCGCCAAAGAAGACGCAGCGCAAGAAGAAGGACGCAACUCAAGCAGUAGAUACUCCCGCUUACGACCCGGCCUACGCUGCCUACUAUCCGCCGGCGUACCCUCAGGGACCAUAUGGUGCCUCGUAUCCCUACGGAGCCCCUUCAGGCUAUCCGAUGAUGUCCCCUGCCUACCCGCCGAUGCCGACCACCCCACACUACCACUUCCACCCAGUGCCACACACGCACGCACCUCACCACCACCAUCACCAUGGUCACCAUCAUCACCACCCUCCGCCUCCGCCACCACCUCCUGCGGGCUUAGACGAUGAGGAGCUCAAGAGUCUGUUGAACGCUUGGUACUACUCGGGCUACUACGCGGGCAGAUAUCAGGCCAUGCGGGAUGCCACGCCCAAGUAG